GUUUGUUGAGGGGGAGGGUUUGUCCAGAAGAGAACUUUAAAAGUGUGGACAGUCAACCUUUCCUCAUUUCUGUAUUUUUGACUGGAAGAGCCCAAGGGACAGAGCUUCAGCGGGUGGCGUGCAGCGCGGGCGUGAUGCAGGCUCUCUGGGCUCUGUGGUUGUCUGCUUUUCCAGCUCUUCUAGGAGCUUCACCACUGUUUGUGGAGAAAGAAAGCACUGGCUCCAGAAUCUGUAAACCUGCCCCACAGUGGGAGAUCGAUAGCAAGGCUCCGAUGAAAGACCUUCUGGGAAAUGUAGUCGUUGUGGCUCUUCUUAAAGCGAGCUGACACUUCUGUCUCACGCAGGCUGCCAGGUUGGGAGACCUGCGUGAUAAGCUGGUCCAUGGCAAGCUGACUAACAUAUCAUUCCUGAUCAUCAAUGAGCAGGAUGCACAGUCCAGAGCCAUGUACUGGGAGCUGAAGAGGAGGACGGCACUAGGCAUCCCUGUGUACCAGCAGAGCCCGCUGCAAAACAAUGUCUGGGAGCUCUUGGAGGGAGACAAGGAUGAUUUCUUAGUGUAUGACAGAUGUGGAUAUCUCACCUUCCACAUUGUCCUGCCCUUCAGCUUUCUUCACUAUCCUUACAUAGAAGCAGCCAUCAGAGCUACAUACCACAAAAAUAUAUGCAACUGCUCACUAAAUGCCAACUUCUCCAUAUCAGAAGGCUCUGACAACCCCCCAAAAAAUGCAGGCGAGUUCACAGGAGAGAACAACCAGCAGGCUAACAAUACAGAGCCUGUAACUGUCCAGCAUCAUCAUCAUCAUCAACAUGAGCAUCAUCAUCAACAUGAACAUCAUCAUCACCAUCAUUAUUCAAAUAACAGAAAUAGAACGGGUUAUUCAGAUGUGGCCAGCAUACCAAAAGAGCCAACCCAGCAUUCUCAUCAUGAACCUGGACAUAGUCAUUAAAACAGAUUUCUUUUUUUUUUCCAAUAGCCUAAUUGUUGAAUUUUGUUGUAAAUAUAGAGCUGCUCUUGUGUCAGACCUUUAUAUUAUUGACCUUAAAGGAUGAUUUUAGUUGAAUCUCAUUGUUCUUAAUGAAGUGUGCACUUUAAACCUGAGUCAGGGUUCUGCAUACAGAUGUUGAGCAAAGGAGUCAUUCACACUAUAUCUGUUCUCCUCGUUAAUUUUAAGGAAUAUCUGACAUUGCUAAACUAAAGAGUUUUCUUUGUUUAUUGAGUUAACUGCUUUGUAUUUGUUAAUAUAUUAUCUAUAAGAUAUGUAAUGGGAAUGUGUUUGAGUGGUGUAAGACUAUAAAAUAUAAAAUUAGUUUGCAUCAGCAUAUA